AAGCUACCGGAAGUGCCACCAUUCACCGUCGGACCCCUGGAGCACCUCGCUGCAGACCCGGGUGCGGGGGACACGGCGGGCGCCGCGGGGACCUGGAGACUCCGGAGCCGCAGUGUCCGCGCGGGGCGGGCGGCCUGGGAAAGUCAGCGUCAGCAGCAGCACAGUGGCGGGAACCGCAGCCCGGCGGCCCUGGAACCUCCCAGGUAUUAGCGUCUUCCGUUUUUGUUCCAUGAGAAGUGCCAGGUGAUUGCUGAAGAAUCUCUUUCUCCUACGCACUCUCACAUUGCUCGGGGAGUCCUACUCACCUGUGAAGCAGAAGAACGAGCCCUGGAUGGUGAAGAGAGAGGAGACAGCAGCAGAGGAUUCAGAAGAGUUCUGGUGUUUGUUCCUGAGACAGAAACUCAGAAAAAGAGUAACAGGAAGAAUGGAGGAUUGUCCCGUCAGUGCACACCAGGAUCUGUUGACAUUCUGGGAUGUGGCUGUGGACCUUUCCCAGGAAGAGUGGGAAUGUCUGGACUCUGCUCAGAAGACUUUGUACAUGGAUGUGAUGUUAGAGAAUUACAGCAAUCUAGUGUUUGUGGACAACCAUCACAUGUGUGUUGAAUAUAAGAAGGCCCUUCACCAUGCUUCAAAGGAUAUUGUCCAUGAUUAUGUGAAUCUCCAAGAGGAGCCUUUCAAAUGUAAUGAUCUUAACAAAGUUGCUCAUGAAUCUUUUGAAUGUAUACCUUAUGACAGAAGUGACAUUGCAGAAAACUGCAAGAUUAUAUUUGGAAACCAAAGAGAUGCCUCUGUUGAAUUAUUAAACUCAACCCGACAAAGAAGUGGCAGCAUGGGAGAAGAAUCCUGCAAAUAUAAGGACUAUGCAAGCUGUUUGUGUUUCUGUUCCAUCAUUAGCCAAAAUCUAGGAAUCUACACUGGAAAGGAAGAACACAAAAAUACAGAGACUGAUAAGUCUUUUGACUAUAACCAUGAACUCACACUGAAAAGAAUCCACAGUGGAAAGAAAUCAGAGCAAUGCCAGAAAUGUGAAAAAUGCUUCAUGACAUACGCAAUCCUCAAUAGACAUAAAGGAUCUCAUACAGAGGAGAAAUCUUAUAAAUGUACAGAAUGUAGGAAUUUCUUUCUGAAUUUAUUGCAACACAAAGUACAUAACAGCAUUCCUUAUGGAGAAAAAUCCUACAAUUGUACUGAAAGCAGUAAGUGCUUUUAUGAUUCAUUAGAGUUUAUAAGACAUUACAAAAUCCACACUGAAGAGAAAACUUACAAAUUUACUGAUUAUGGCAAGUCCAAGUCCUUCAUUUAUUGCUCAGAUCUUGAAGAACAUCAGAGAAUUCAUAGAGGAGAGAGGUCUGACAAAGAUAAGCAGUGCAGUAACUUCUACACAUUGUCGCACCUUGAAUACCAUGAUAGAAGCCAUACUGAAGAGAAAAUUGACAGAUUUAAUGAAUGUGAUAAAUCCCUUUCCACUGCCUCAGGUGGUAAAGCAAAUCAGAGGAUUCCCACAGGAGAGAAACCUUACAAAUGCUUUGAAUGUCAUAAAUCCUUUAUUCAGAAAGGUAAACUCACAACACAUCAAAGAAUUCAUACGGGAGAGAAACCUUACAAAUGUAAGGAAUGUGGCAAAUGCUUUACCCAGCAGACACACCUAAGAACCCAUCAGAAACUUCAUACAGGGGAGAAGAAUUACAAGUGUAGUGAAUGUGAGAAAUCCUUUUCCCAGAAAGACCAUCUUCGGAGACAUCAGACAAUUCAUACUGGAGAGAGGCCUUAUAAAUGCACCAUAUGUGGGAAAGCCUUUGCACGUACUACAUAUCUUAGAUUGCAUCAAAAUGUGCAUACAGGUGUGAAACCAUACAAAUGCAGCGAGUGCGGCAAGGGCUUUACUAGUAGUUCAUCUCUUCGAUUGCAUCAGAACAUUCAUACAGGCGAGAAACCUUAUAAAUGUAGUGAGUGUGAGAAGUCCUUUACCAGUAGCUCAUACCUUAAAUUGCAUCAGAACAUUCAUAAAGGCGAGAGGCCUUACAAAUGUACUGAAUGCGGCAAAGGCUUUAUCCAGAAACAGCAGCUGAGGAGACAUCUGACACUUCAUACAGGAGAGAAGCCUUACAAAUGCAGCGAGUGUGAGAAAUCCUUUUCCGUUGGCUCAGAUCUCAGAAGCCAUCAGAAAAUUCAUGCCGAGGAGAACCCUUACAAGUGCAGUGAGUGUAAGAAAUCCUUCAGUAGUAGUUCAUCUCUUCGGCUGCAUCAGAAAUUUCAUACUGGUGAGAGACCUUACAGAUGUAAUGAAUGUGGCAAAGGCUUUCUCCAGAACCAACAGCUGAAGAGACAUCAGACAAUUCAUACAGGAGAGAAGCCUUACAAAUGCAGCGAGUGUGAGAAAUCCUUUUCCGUUGGCUCAGAUCUCAGAAGCCAUCAGAAAAUUCAUGCCGAGGAGAACCCUUACAAGUGCAGUGAGUGUAAGAAAUCCUUCAGCAGUAGUUCAGCUGUUCGGUUGCAUCAGAGAAUCCAUACAGGUGAGAAACCUUACAAAUGCAGCGAAUGUGACAAGUCCUUCAUUCAGAAACACCAACUUAGGAGACAUCAGACAAAUCAUACAGGUGUGAAACCUUACAAAUGUCGUGAGUGUGGGAAGUCCUUUACCAGCAGUUCAUCUCUCCAGUUGCACCAGAACAUCCAUACCGCGGAGAAACCUUACCGAUGUAAUGAAUGCAACAAAGGCUUUAACCAGAAACAACAGUUAAUAAGACACCUGACACUUCAUACAGGAGAGAAGCCUUACAAAUGCAGUGAGUGCGAGAAAUCCUUUUCCGUUGGCUCAGAUCUUAGAAGCCAUCAGAAAAUUCAUGCUGAGGAGAACCCUUACAAGUGCAGUGAGUGUAAGAAAUCCUUCACCAGUUCUUCGUCUCUUCGGUUGCAUCAGAGAAUUCAUACAGGUGAGAAACCUUACAAAUGCAGCGAAUGUGAGAAAUCCUUUGCCAGUGGCUCAUAUCUUAGGAUACAUCAGAAAUUUCAUACAGGAGAGAAACCAUACAAAUGUGGUGAGUGUCAGAAAUCUUUUACCACUGGUUCAUAUCUCAGAUUGCAUCAGAAAAUCCAUAGAGGCGAGAAACCUUUCAAAUGUAGUGAAUGUGGCAUAUCGUUUAUCAAGAAGCAACAUCUAAAGAUGCAUCAUAAAACUCAUAUUCGGGAGAAAACUUAUGAAUGCAAUGACUGUGGCAAAUUCUUUGGUCUGAAAUUCAAACUUAGAGAACACCAGAGAAUUCAUACAGGAGAGAAACCUACAAAUGUAAUGAAUGUGGCAAAUGCUUUAUAUGGAAAUGCAGACUUCCAACCACUCAGUGAGUUCAUACAGGAGACAAACACUACAAAUGCAGUGAAAGUAACAAAUAUUUUACCAGUGGGUCAUAUCUUAGAGUACAUCUGAUAACUCAUACAGGAGAGAAACCUUGCAAAUGUGGCGCGUGUGAGAAAUCUUGGCCUGUGGCUCAUACCUUAGAUUGCACUAGAAAUUUCAUGCAGGGGAGAAACCUUACAAAUGUUGUGAAUGUGCUAAAUCCUUUACCACUUACUUAUAUCUUAGCCUCCAUCAGAAAAUUUAUAUAGGUGAGAUACUUUACAAAUGUAUUGCAUGUGGCAAAGACUUUACCUCAGUUAUAUAAAUAAACAUCAAAAAAAUACAUACUGUGGAGAAUAGUAAAUAAUGUGGCAUGUUCUUUUUCCAAGCUAUGUCCUUAGGGACCACUAGAGGCUCUAUACUAUUGAAUCAUUGUGAACAUGAAAAGCUUAGAACCCCUUUAAGCAAUGUUCAAAUCUUAGAAAAUAUCAAAGUUUUAUACUGAGGAAAAAUUCUGAAAAUGUGAUAAUGUAGAAAAAAAUGUCUUUAAAACAUAUUUUUUCAACUUCAAAUAUUUAAUAAUGAAUAAAAAUGGAGAAACCUGAUGUACAUGCCAUUGUGUAGGCAUUUUCUGGAGACUAAAAUAUUCCAUCCUGAAGGGAAUCUGAUUAGGACAAGAAAUAAACCACUCAAUAGCAUCAAGAAGUAUCUGAAUCUAACAGGAUUCACUGUGUUUAACUGCCAUGAAGAAAUACAGCGAUCAUGCUGCUUAGGUGAAACUGCAGCAAAUGAAGUGAGCCACGAAGAUAGGGCAUCCUUUAACCUGUGGGUAUGCCUGCAGGGGGCAGUGUCUUCCAGAUGUUCAUUGUUUGUAAUCUAUAUUCCAUGCUAGGUUUUACUUUUGUGAUGGCAAUUACCGUUGAGUCUCUUUUGACCCUAUAAAUGACUUCUCUGUAAACAUAUUUUCCUAAGAAGCCCUUGUAUCUUAAAUUAUACCUUAUUUAUAAUCUACAUGGUACCAUCAGGCUUUUUACCCUUCUUUCAUUCUGUACCUCCAACUUGUUCAUCUUGCUGGCAUCUCUCCAUACAUAGAUUCAUUCCCAGUUCCUUUCUUUUCCCAUAAAUCCCACCUAUUCUCCCUGCCUAGCUUUGCACAGUAUAAUCAAUUAUUGCACAAUACUUUCAUAUUCUUGUAAUUAAUCCCAAUAAAGCUCAUGGGUUCAAAAACAUAGAUUUCAGUGGCUUUCAUAUUUGGUUUUUGUUGGUUUCCAUUUUGGUGCCUACAUGCAUAUGUAUUGUGUAUUUUCCUGGGGGGGGGGAACUAAUGGAAUUUGCUAACUCUAUUUGUUGUUCCUCCAUAUUGCAUGUCCAGCAGGAAAAAAUGAUACUAGAGAGAUGAGUAUACUAAUUUAGGGAAGAUUGCUGGUUCUUACUGCUACACGCUUACUGGCAUAGUAGUAGCUGUUCUGGUUAAAGGACCUCAACACAGAACAUGUAGGCUUAGGCAGCUUCAUAGAGCAGGCUGCUUUUUUUGUUGCAUUCAGGGAGGAGAGAGCAGUCUUCACGGGGGCAAAUGAAAACAUCCCUAUGAAACUGUCAGAUAUUCCAAAGUGUGCUCUGUUUAUCCAUGCCUCUAAAUUCUUAGACCCUAUGCUUCAGUAAAGCUCCAGUGAACCUCAGAAUACUGGUGCCCAUGGGCAAAUACUGAAUACCAUUUUAUCCUUGUAUCUUGUUUAACCUUAGAAAUUCUAGUCUACAAGUCCCCUGCCAUCUUUUUGUUAAAGCCUUUCAACAACUAUACUAUUGUAGACAUACCAGAGUAAUUCAUCAUGGAAUACCUAUCAAGAAAAUGCUUCAAUAAAGACUUACUUUUAUUUUCA